AUGGAGCAACGGGAGUCGCAUGAGAUGCACAGCGUCAGCGAGGAGACCAGACAAGCAAAUGCGAGUGCACCAAAGGUCCCGGAAACUACUCACGAGCCCAUGUACACGUCGAGGCUGUCGAGAGCGUCUUCCAUGACCGUUCGCGAGCCCAUCGUCAGGACCCUCCACACUUCGUUCUGGCCGCUGAUGGUCUUCAUCUUUUACGCUACACUCGCCCUAUUUACCUGGAUCGUUCUUUGUGUCGCGAGCAGCCGGCCGAUUGGAAGCAAGUUAAGCUAUACGGAUAAUCAAGACUACUUUAAAGAUGUAGCUCGUCUCUUGGCUAAACACGAGAGGAUCCUUAGGGCUGCACAGAUCCUGCAAUCGGUAGUCGCCCUACUCACCAUUCCCAUCACUUCAGCGAUAUGCUCUAUAGCCUUCGCUGCCUAUAUCCAGGCUGGCAGCUCGAGAACGAAGUUGAAUCUGCGUCAGACUAUGGCGCUUGCAGAUCAAGGCUGGAUCAGCCCAAGAAUGUGGGCUAGGUGGUCUAAAGUUGGAAGUCUUCCAUUGUACUUCGCCUUUGCAUUGACCUUAGAAGCCGGUGUUGACUCGAAUACAGGUGCUGUCUUCCCGAUUCUGCAGACAACGUUUAUCCAGGUUACUCCGACACGAAUACCAACUCGCAGCACACAGUCCGGUCUGAUUAGGGUCGCUGAUAUACCUGCUCUAAUCAGCAGCACCGACAAUGACAUAAACACAGCAGUUGUUCGACUCCGUAGCAUUCUAGAAUCGCGCGCGGAAAGAGAACAUGAGCCUUACCUCUGGAUCGAUGAACAGAAGGAUGGACUGGAUAAUGACAUGUGUUACGAUACAUUCAGUGUGGCCACCAAUUGUAACCGCUUCUCGAGGAGUCUUUAUCAACUUGAUGAGAUGAGCUUAGAUGCCUGGUUCUCACCCGUUCCCUUGGACUUCAGCACCGGUGUCUAUGUUGACCCUCAGUACGCACCGCGCCUCAAUACCACAAUUGAAUACCGGAACAUGACAGACGCUGAGUGGCCAACCGAAUGCGUUCGCGACAGAGAAGAUGUAUUUUUCGCACAAUACCGUGGAGGAGAGACGGGAUACCGGGAGUUCGAUAUAAUAGCUUGCAUACCCGCCAAUAUCUCUGGCACGCCUUGGCAAGCUACGUACAACCGGCAGGACAUUACCGAGGAUCUUUUCCUCGCAAUUUCGGUGCCUUCAACGUUACGCACUCCUGUUACGUGGAAAAUUACCGCCCGUUCGACGUUAGGCUACUUCGAACUUCCUAAUACCAAGAACGGCAAUCGCGCCGGGCCGUUACUCCAUGAGCUAUCCUUGGACAGCGCUAGAGGCUCUUCAACCAGCGGAUCCAGUCGAGAUGAGAAACGAGCAACCAACGAAACAUACGCAGGAAAUGUGAGACAACCCAUUGGAAAUCACAUAGGUCCGCUGACUGCUAUUGGACUGGCACUAUUCGGCGAAGGCUCUUUCAUCGAGAGAAGAGUUUCAAAUCCAUCCGCCUUCCUUGUAGAUCGGCCUGAGGUCGAUGAUGAAGUAUGGUUCAGAAAUUUCGGCAACAACUGCCUCGGGAAUAUGCCUCUCAACUUUGCCAUAGGGGGCCCGUGCCUCCGCGACUACGACUACCAGUCCGAAGUCGACGUCCUUGGCCGCGUGAGACAACUAGCUGCAUUCUUUGAUUCGGAACGUUCUGCAAGUAGGGCGUUCACUGUGGCCGCUUUCCUCGCCAACAAGGAGUGGCUGAACCCGAGCCAAUUCCACAGAUGGGGAGGAUUCGACCAAUCGCGGAAUGUAUAUGUCGAUACGGGCGUUCCAACCAAGAAGACAUAUAUCGCGCUUUGGGGGGUCAUCACCGGGUCCGUUUUCCUCGGCCUUCACCUUCUCGGAUUACUAGUGCUUGCCCUGUACGCCUUUUGGAUGAGGCCAUUCAUGCCUUGGUUGGGUGCAGAAUUCGUGGUCAAGGCUGGUACGGCACAUGCUGAUAUUCUGAGCGCUGCCGAAGGGGACAAGCAGUGGAAGCAGACUGUUUCUGCGUGCCCUGGGUUCGUCGGGGACGAGAAACCCACAGAUGAUGUGGGUCGAAUCGCAUUUGGUGCUACUGCUGCCUUGAGCACAGCACGGGACAAGAAGUUUGAGGAGCUAUAG